AUGAACAUCACAGUCUGCUUCUCAGUCUUCCUGUUGAGCACAACCCUGGUCAUCAGCAGGGAGGCAGACACCAAUGACACCCUGCCCUUGAAUAGAAGCUCUUUGCUCAGGACGUGGGACUGGGCUCCCCUAUCCCAGGUUACAGGGAUGAAGCUCUUCUUCAUCCCCCCUCUCCUUGGUCUGCUGGUGGCUGCUGUGGUCAUCCCCUUCAUCUUGUUUGCUAUCUUCUCCAAUUUCCAUACCCGCCAGGAACCACGAUACCUCAUCUUGGGCAGCGCCAUGCUUUACAAUCUUCUCUACCUGUUCUUCUACACACUCUCAACCAUCUUGAAUGUGGCUGACUUCCGACUCCCCAAGUAUGCCUGUGUCCUCCUCCUAUUCCUGAUCUCACAGACCUACUGUGGUAGCCUCCUCACCGCUGUGGCCAUGGUGCUAGACACAUACAUGGCCAUCCUGUGGCCGCUGCAUUAUGCCUCCAUCCUGACCUUGCACCGAACCAAGAAACUCAUCUUAUCCAUCUGGGUCUUUGCUGGCCUCUUCCCUGCCAUACUCUUCUUUAUCCUGUGGGCAACACAGGAGCCAACACUUUGCCCGGUGCAAAUCUGCUCCCUCCCAGUCAUUCUGGUUAUGACCCUGCUUGGAGAUAAUGCUGUCAAAUUCUGCUAUGUGCUUUCAGUUACCUCCGUCUUCCUCUGCCUCUUCCUAAUUACUUUUUGCUACGUCAGCCUCUAUGUGAAAACCUGCCAGUUGGGCAUCUGGAAGGGCGUGACCUCCCGGGCCAGCAUCACAUUCCUGAUGCACCACACGUUACUGUUCUUAUACUUUUGCCCUUUUCUGGCAUAUAUGAUUGAAACACUGCUUUACCGUAAUCACCACAUAAGCCUACAGACUGGGAUGUGGUUGUCACUGACCAUCUGCAACAUCAUGGCGGUCCUCCCCAAAGCUCUGUCCCCUUACCUCUAUGGUCUGCGCUACAGAGAGAUUACCAAGAGCCUUAGACUCCUGUGUGGCAGAAAACAUCCUAAUUUGAGGCCACCAGCUACGUUGUCUUAA